AUGCCGGCUGGUGCAGGCGGCUCGAGCUCCGCCGUCUCUAAGUCUGAGAACGCCUCUUUGACGGAUCCCACUGGUGGACAGAAGGAAAAGCCUGGAAGCAAGUCGCCCUCGCCCGAAAAGGACGCUGCUUCGGCAGGCGCCGGCAUUCUCCCGCCCCCCAGAACUACCGACCUCGCCACGAGCGGCGAAAAGCGGAGCGGUAACGGCAGCCCUCCAAGUGCUGGCAGCUCGGCAGAGCAAAAAAAGCGCCGGAGUAGCGGGGUGAGCGGCAGAGCCAGUAGCCUGAUAGCCCAAGCUAAAAACACUCUCUUUACGCAGGGUGGGAGCCGUACCAACAACGAGCAGGGUGCUGACUCCAAGGCGUUAAACCAGACUCCUCUGCAGAAGCUCGGCAAGCAGGACCAGGCUCUUGCCGUGCCCCAAGGCCAGCACAACAAUGCCGCCGGCGAAUCGCUGCCGGGCCCCCGGUCCACGUUCAGGGUGGGUGUCUGGGAGGAUCGGAACAAGAAGUGCAGGCGCACCAUGGAGGACACGCACGCCUUCCUCUACAACUUCCUCCACACCCCCGCGCCCGCUCUUGGAUCUGACGGCGCUGGUCAGAAGCAGCCGAAGGCGACCGACGAUGCGGGCGAGCAGCAGCAUGGCGGCGCCUCUGCAACGGAUAUGAUGGAAACGGACAAUGGAUAUUUUGCCAUCUUCGAUGGGCACGCGGGCACUUUCGCCGCCGACUGGUGCGGAAAGAAGCUCCACAUUAUCCUCGAAGACGUCAUCAAGAAAAACCCAAAUGCGCCAAUACCGGAGCUGCUUGACCAGACCUUCACCACUGUCGACGCGCAAUUAGAAAAGCUGCCUUUGAAGAACAGUGGUUGCACUGCAGCCAUCGCCGUGCUUCGCUGGGAGGAUCGAGUUCCCAGCACCCAGUCUGCCACUGGAUCUCAGGCGAUUGCACCGGCGGUUGCAAAGGCUGCCGAGGAAGCCUCCAAGUCGGAAGAAAGCAAGUCCGUCGAGAAUACCUUGGCAGCUCCGAAUCCAGAAGCCACCCACGCAAGGUUAAAAGGCACUGCAACAAGACAGCGCGUUCUAUACACUGCUAACGUUGGCGACGCCCGCAUCAUUCUCUGCCGUUCAGGCAAAGCAUUGCGCUUGUCGUAUGACCAUAAGGGGAGCGACGAGAACGAGGGCAGGCGUAUAGCGAAUGCCGGGGGGCUGAUACUGAACAACCGCGUCAACGGUGUGCUUGCCGUCACGAGAGCUCUUGGUGAUACGUACAUGAAAGAACUCGUGACUGGACACCCCUAUACGACAGAAACUGUUAUUCAACCUGAACUCGAUGAGUUCAUUAUCAUUGCCUGCGAUGGACUAUGGGACGUCUGCUCUGACCAGGAAGCUGUUGAUCUGGUUCGAAACAUACAAGAGCCUGCUGCUGCGGCGAAGCUGCUGGUAGAUCACGCCCUAGCCCGCUUUAGCACCGACAACCUGUCUUGCAUGAUUGUUCGCCUCGACAAGAUGGCUCUUCUUGACAACCAAAACAACAAAGACAAUGCCAUUGGUGUGGAAGGCGACCUAGCAACGGCUUCAGGGAAGGUCAGCGAGGUAGAGAAGAUCGUCAGCACGACCAAGCAGAAAAUUGCAGAGGGCGGUACUACCCCAGUAGGAGUAUCGGCUAGUAACAGCGGCCGGGGUCAUGAUCCCGCGCCCCUUGAAGACGGAGAGCCGACGUUUACUCCCACUUUGAUAGAGGGAUCCGUGGAGGAAGAGCCGAGCUCGAUCGAGGAAGACACGCCUAAUAGACUUGGGCGCUGUCUUGGAGUUUCAGAGAGCGGAUCUGUCCUUUUUGUUUAG